UCUGGUGGAUAGUUGGGCUUACGCCCAUACCAUAAUAUUACGUUCGAUGGUUUACUCGGUUUAGUAAGUUAUGUGAACCGGUAGCGAUUGAAAUCAAAUUGGUUUUAAGACGACAUAGGUUUGCUGUGAUACUGAUACAUAGUCGGUUUAGGAGGAUAAUGUUUCCUUAUUUAUAUGAGAGACUUGUCGCCUAUUUUUCUCCACACGCAGAAAACUAAAAAACACUACUCUCUCCCUCUCUGAGUUCUCGCUGUGGUGAAAAUUGAGAAAAAUCAGAAUGGUGAAAAAAGGAGGCACGAGGAGGAAGAUUGAGAUCAAGAAGAUUACGAAGAAGACUUCUCUCAUGCCUAUUUGCACUAAACGCCGUGAAGGUCUCUUUAGCAAAGCCUCUCAGCUUUGUCUUCUCUCCGGUGCACAAAUCGCUAUCCUAGCGACUCCUCCUUCUUCUGAAUCCAACGUAUCCUUCUACUCUUUCGGUCACUCCUCCGUUGAUGGCAUUGUCUCUGCUUUUCUCUCCGGACAACGUCCUGUUCCUGUUCAGGAGGAUAACAAAGCGAUGAGGGAAGACGUUGGUAUCUGUUUGACUCGUAAGAAUCUAGGGUUAGGGUUUUGGUGGAAUAACGAGAGCCUUCCCAGAUCGGAGAAUCCCCAAGAGCUUAGUGACGCCAUCGAUUCCAUGUGGACGUUGUUGAGUAAUCUCAAGGAAUUGCGUGCGGAGGAAGCUUUAGUCAGUACACAAGCUUUAGUUAAUGAUCAUGAGGACCUGAAGAACAACGUGAAGAGAAUAAUUGUUUCUGACCACGGAGCUCAUGAUCAAACCCUAGAUCUUCAGUCCACUUCUGCAAUUUGUUGCAUCCCUGAUGAUUUACCUGAAAAUUUCAACGAGAUUACUCAAGAGCCAGAUCAAACCCUAAAUCUUCAGUCUAGUAAUUCUGCAAUUUGUUGCGUCCCUGAUGAAUCACCUGCAAAUUUCAACGAGAUCCCAGAAGAACAAGAUCAGAUUCUCUCGAUUUGUGGAAGUUUUUGUGUCACGGACAACAACAACAAUGCUUUAACUGAAGUAAACUUGGAUUAUGAUCAAGACAUGGAUAACAACAACAACAAUGUUUUACCUGAAGGAAACUUGGAUUAUGAUCUGGAGAUGGAUAUUGAUUUCGAGACUAAUUUUGAAAGAUCGCUAGAUGAUUGGUUUUCGAACAACACUCAUCAGGAACUUCAGGAGACUACUACUGCAACUCUUUUGACCAAUUCCGAAGCUGUAGUUGAUGAUCAUGUCUCUGUUGAUGAUCAUGUCUCUGUUGAUGAUCAUGUCUUGGUGGAUCCAAAUCUUUUGUCUGAUUUUGAGGGCCUUGAAGAUUCAGAUUUGAUGUUUCAGAGAUGUUUGGAUGGAGAUGAUCUACGAUUCUCUGAUUUUUUCCACGACUUUGCAAACACUAUUGCAGCACUUUGAAGAUAAUCUCUCUGCAUCUUCUUUCAAAUUAACUUCUAGUUACUUCUUUAUUUGUAUGUAUGUUUUGGUUAUGUUAAAUUUGGUUAGCGAUAUGUCUUAUUGAUGUAACGAAUGAAGUGUCUGGUUUGACCUCGAUCAGUUUUCCAUAUAUGAGGGAAAUUGAUCGAACUCAAACUGGUUCUGCUUCAGUUUGGUUUAGUGAUAACAUUUAAGUUCUGGUUUCAUGUUUUGUAUUUGUAGUCUACUCGGAUCAAAAGAGGAAAUAUCUUUAAU